AUGAAUGGUUCGACGGUGCGGAUAGGGCGCUGGAGGCAGAAGACGGGGCCGGGGUACUUGCGCGAGAGGCUGUUGACGUUGACCUCCUCGAUGUCGAGCCCAUUGUCCUUAUUCUCGAGCGAGGGAGUCGAAGCUUGGGCAUCGUUGGCGGGAUGGCACCCUGCUAAAAUGGAAAAGGCCCUUAUAACAGCUGUCAGUAAAAUCCUCCUUCGCAGUUCCAGCAAAAUGAGCUACCUCCGUCGCCAAUGGUCCGUCAGGACGCCACGCGUGGCAGCGACCCAACGUUCGAAGAUCGCAAUAGCAGCCAGGACGAGGCAUGCCCCCGCAAUGGCACCAUGGGAAGAAGGCAUUAACGUCUUGAACAAGAGAUUGUCUCCACCGGUGAAGUGCAGGUAUGGGGUCAUCAUCAUCAUGUCCAUAGUGGACAUGCUAGUGGCGGUCGCCGCAGACGAAGCGGCCGUCGAGGUAGGCAUCGACAUCGACAUUGACAUAUCCAUGGCUAUAGGCUUGCAAGGAUGGAGCAAUCCAGAGAGCGAUCGCUGGGACUCGACAACUAUACAAAAGCCGCAUGACCAGAAGCAUCAAGAACAGGCAGCGACUCCACAAGCAAGGAGCGGAGUGAAGAUCUUGAUGCGAACGAUAGGGCUGACGAACGAGCGCAAUGUCGUUGAGGACCUAAGUACAAGGUGUCAGUGGUCGACUCACCUUAGCUGCCUGGGUAUCAAGAGGAGGGGAAAGAACAAGAUGGCUCAUGAGAAAAGUCUGAGGGAAAUGAGCCAAGCGUGCACGGGACGCGGGGCCCGUGUGUCAGCGAGAAAGGCCGCGAAGCAGGCAUGUAAAGAAAGCGAGGGGGACGAGGAUGACGACCGAGGAUGGUCAAAGGCCGCACCGGGCGCUGCACAGACGAGGCAAUUGUGCGCAGCCAAUGGCAAUUUGCCGCAACCAGGGCAGGAAAUGGCACGUGACCUUUCGCGGCUGCCGAAUUGGAGCCUAGGGUCCCCUGCCUCAUCCUUUCGUUUCCUCGAUACCGACCUUUGCGACCAUGUUACGGGUUGUGGUCAGAAGAGUGCCUCUAGCCGUCAGUUUGGCUCGUGCGGGGCCGGCACCUCGCCUCAGGGCUACCCUCCCGCGCUCCGUAGCCGCCGUGCGCUAUAA